AUGAACAAAAAACUGAAUGUUGGUGUCGUGGGCCUCGGUCGAAUUGGUCAACGCCAUGCAAAGAACUUGUUGCAUAGGGUUCCAGAAGCGCGUCUUUUUAGUGUAUGCUCACCGGACCCGGAAGAAUUCAGUGAAGCAAAGAAGAACUUUGAGCCCGAAGGAGUGCAGGUGAUGUCAGAUUUCAAUGAAAUGAUUGAUCUUGUCGGGCUCGAGGCCGUGAUUAUUGCCUCGCCUACCCGUCUGCACAUGGAGCAUACGUUAGCUGCACUGCAGCGUGGUCUUCACGUUCUGUGCGAGAAGCCUAUCACCACUGAUCUCUCCUUGCUCCGAAAUCUGAUCGAGACGGCCAAAAAAUCCCCGCACAUCAAAGUGAUGACCGGAUUCAUGCGUCGUUUCGAUUCCGAUUACCAAAGAGCUAUGCAGCAGAUCCAACUCGGCUCGAUCGGUACUCCGAUUAUUCUACGAUCCCAGGGAGCGGAGAAGUUAAACGAGAGUGAUUCCUAUGUUGACUAUCUGUGCCACAGCGGCGGUAUCUUUGUCGACGCAGUUAUUCACGACAUCGAUCUCACCCUUGCCCUUUUAGGCGAAGACAUCCGGCCCAAGGCUCUCUGGGCGACAGGUGUCAUUUCCCAUCAUCACAAAAUUCGUGAAUUUGGUGAUGUGGACAACUCGAUCGGGGUGGUAGAGUUUUGGGGGGGUAAGGUAGCUUACUUCUACCAUUCUCGUACAGCUGCACAUGGGUACGACAACUGCACAGAGGUUGUGGGUACUCAAGGAAAGAUCUCUAUCAAUCUUGUGCCAAGGAGAGACAGACUUCAGCUGUCGAGCUCCUCGGGGAUAUCCGAGGAGGCAAUCCCGAACUGGUCGGAUCGCUACUGCGAAGCCUUUGUGGGAGAGUUGAAUGAGUUUACCAGAGUUAUUCUUGAGGACCAAGAGGUGCCCCUUCGGCUUGAAUCGGCAUACAUGGGACUUCAGAUAGCGUUGGCUCUUCAGGAAAGCUUACGAGAUGGAACGAAAAUUGACUUUGACGAGGGCGGCGUUCGAAGCAGUGCUUCUAGGGGAUUGGUCUGA